AUGAGGAUAGCAUGUUUGCAGUUUGCCCCGCAGUUGGGCGACGUCAAUAACAAUCUAAGCCGCGCAGAUGAGAUUCUCAGUAAUGCAGCUCAAGACGAACUUGAACGUUUAGACUUGCUCGUUCUGCCGGAGCUUGCCUUCACGGGGUACAACUUUCAGUCGUUGCAACACAUCAACCCGUACCUUGAAGGGCUCGGCUCGGGGAUCACCUCUCUCUGGGCUAAAGCAACGGCGCUCAAGUACGACUGCACAGUUGUCGUGGGUUACCCGGAGAAAGUUGAUCCAUCUGCCAAAUGGCCAGCCUCUCCAGAGUACUACAACUCGGCCGUCGUUGUCAGCGGCGACGGGGACAUCGUGGUCAAUUACCGCAAGUCGUUUCUUUACUACACCGACGAAACAUGGGCCUUGGAAGGUCCCGAGGGCUUCUUCCAUGGCAACAUCCCGGGUCUCGGAAACGUGGCUUUGGGCAUCAGUACAGAUGUCAAUCCUUAUAAACUUGAGGCUCCAUGGGAUGAUUUUGAGUUUGCCUACCAUGCCCUGGACUCGGAUUCAAAUGUGAUUAUCGUGAGCAUGGCCUGGCAAACUCUACAGAACCCUGCACAAUUUUUACACAACCCUCACGAGCCUGAUCUUGAUACACUCGUCUACUGGGUCCAGCGCCUUGAGCCCCUGGUCCGCUCAAACGAUGGGGAUGAGAUCAUCUUUGUGUUUUGCAACAGGACUGGGACAGAGUAUGACGCCACAUACACCGGCACAAGUGCUGUUUUGGGAGUCAAGCUGGGGGAAGUUUUCGUUUACGGAGUUCUCGGUCGCGGUGAGACUGGAUUGCUUAUUGUCGACACCAGUCAGCCACCCAGAAUGAAAUUGACAGAUGCCGAUGAGGUUGCCGCUGAAAGUGCAGCCAACAAGCUGGAUAUAGGGCUUGAAUUUGAGGAUGAGCUGACUGAGCCAAACUGGCCACUACCAGGGACUUCUUUCGAAGUUGGCCCUAGUCCUGUUCCAGGGUCUACCGUUCAAACUGCCGCAGUCACUGAACCGCUCACACACGAACCCCAAGUUUCAAGACCGAAUAUCGAAAUGUAUGUCCAUACAUCGCCUCGGAGCGCAACAUCCCCUCGUCUUCCAUGGUUGGCCCCUCCAGAAAACGAAGCCGGAUCUCCAGUUCACAGCAAAUCUCCUACCAGGUUGCAGAUACCUCCCAUAGCCUCACGUGCUCAUACGGACAACUACACUUCUCUGAACAGUGCUGUCACCGAUAUCGCCGUCGAUACUCCUGGCUUGCCGCUUUCUCCAGCGAUCGUUCGGAGACCGCCGCGCCCGAAACUGACCAUUCCAAGCUCAGCGUCGAGAUAUCAAUCAAAGCCAAGCCCAUAUCCGUGGUAUUAUGGCGACAACUCAUCAACGCUGUUCACCGGUGGUGCUUGUAUGACACCCAUAACGCCAUUUGAUGACGAUGGAUGGACUGGAACGCCCAUUGAUCCAAAGCCGGGCGGAUGGUUCUGGAGGCAUGGGCCAACUCUGUCAGCGCUUAAGGAGUCAGUUCAGGAAGAGGAGGAAGAGAAAGAGCAGCGAGUUGCUAAGCCCAAACCUGGGAAUGACAAACCAGAGUUGCAAGAGGAAGGUUAUAGUUUGGGAGUUGAGGUGAAGGAGGAGACUACUGAAUGCAGCGAACGGAGCGAGGACAGUAAACUUCAAGAUAGGGUAGGCGAGUACUCUGUUGCUACUAAGGAGGUGACGCUGGCUUCAGGUACAGAAGCGCCCGACGAGUUACGCCUUCGUCCUGACUCGACUUCUACCUCGGAGAACACGCAGCCAGCUCCUGGCGACGGGCGAACAUUACUCAGCUCUUCCGAUAAUUUACCGCGCAUUGACGAUACCAAAGGCCAUAAUAGUGUAACAUCGAAAAAUCCGCAGCCUGCAGCUGCGGAUGCCUCAAGCCAAACUCAAUGCUUGAAGACGAACAUGGACGAAAAUGGGGAGACAGUUGUUUAUACUCAUGCCUACCGAAGACUCUUAACACCCAGGCCAGCGAGCUGGGCAGGACCCAUCUACAAUACUACAAGGAGUUUUGCUAGCACGAGCAAAACUCUCCAUGUCAAGCAGCCUGUUCAACAUUCUGCCCAGAACUCCGGAGCUUCCCAACAGCAAUAUGCAAGCAGGUUCGAACCCGACAAUACGAUGGAAGAGGAAGACCUCUUUAUUUUUGAUAGUCCAUCGACGGCGCUCCAUACCACAGCAUCAACAAUGACUCCCACUAGCAAUGUUCCAACAUCUUCUGAACCGAGUCUAACUACAUCGUCAUCUCUUUCAACCACUGACGACAGCCCCCAUGAUAAAGGGACGUCAGCACUGCAGAGGGUUCAGGGACUGUUCUUCCGCAAGGAAGAUGGUCAACAUGAGUUGGGGCAUGAUUGCGAGGAUGAUGAUGGUGAUUCGGGAUAUGGCCAUGAGCGGAGCAGCGAUGAUGGUCAGGUUGUGGCUGGGAAGAGGAUCUUGGGCGGUGUUGGUGCUGAUGUCGGCAUGAAGGCAGGUAUUGCUGUUACUGAGGUCAAUGUCGGCAUAGCAACGAAGGGAGUUGAUGAGGAGGAUGAAGGAAUGUGGCUGGGGCAGGUGAAGGCUUGA